AUCAAUAUCAAUAAAAGGGAGAACCCUGAUGAGUAUUAAGGAGACACCAAUUGGUGGAAAUGUCACCUUUGAUUGCUCUCCUUCGGGCCCUUGCAUACCAUGCCUUCGCGCUGAAAAGAAUGAUGAAAAAUAUCGUUGCGGCGAAACCGGAUAUCGCAUUCGUCUGAAAUGUGUACCCUCUGGAUCUGGGUCCAAAGACUCAAAAAGUACAAAAGGACAUAAGAAAAGAUCUACUCUUGAGUUCACAGAGUUGGGCGGUAAUCAGCACGAUGGGGACCUAAAUAUAUCUUCAACUAGGCAAAGAAGAUUACUUGGUGAUUCAUCCAAAUCUGGACCACGUUCUUAUGUCACUUAUAGGAGCUGUAUACCUGCUGUAAACGAAGAAAAAUUGUCGGUUUUAGGUUUUGAGGCCCUAAUGUUGGGUUUGCUCGUAAGCAGUGGCUCAUUCAUUUACUUCAGGCGAAAGCGUGCUGCUGUUCCUGGUGGUGUGCCGGUGAGGCUUCCAACUAGUUCUAGGUUUUAAGUCCAGUCUACAA